AUGUCGAAGCUAGGAAACCGCGCCGACUGGGCCGACGACGAGGAGUUCGACGACCCCUCCGCUCUCCCCGCACAGCAAAUCACGACCAACAAAGAUGGCACGAAGACGAUCGUCUCCUACCGAUUCAACGACGAAGGCAAGAAGGUGAAGGUGACCCGCAAGAUCAAGACGACCGUGGUACGCGAACAUGUCAACCCUCAGGUCGCGGAACGGAGGACCUGGGCCAAGUUCGGUCUGGAGAAGGGCAACGCGCCCGGUCCUUCCUUCGAUACGACCUCCGUCGGCGAGAACAUUGUUUUCCGGCCCAGCGUCAACUGGAAGAUUCAGGCCGCUGAGGCGGAGAAGAACGGUGGCGAGAAGGGAAGCAUGAAGGACCAGCUUAAGGAUAAGAAGGUUAAGUGUCGUAUUUGUUCGGGUGAGCAUUUCACGGCUCGUUGUCCCUUCAAGGAUACUAUGGCGCCCGUGGAGGAACCCACUGGUGGUAUCGAGGGUGGUGCUGGCGGCGAGGAACCUGCUGCUGGUGGCCUUGGUAGUGGAACCUCGAGCUACGUCCCGCCUCAUCUACGGAAAGGUGCUGCGGGUGGUGGCGAGAGAAUGGCUGGCAAGUACGAGAAGGACGAUCUGGCGACUUUGAGAGUUACAAACGUGUCCGAGUUGGCCGAGGAAGCAGAACUGCGGGAUCUGUUCGAACGCUUCGGUCGUGUCACCCGAGUCUUCCUUGCCAGAGACAGAGAGACCCAGAGAGCCAAGGGAUUCGCUUUCAUCAGCUUUGCGGACCGGAGCGAUGCUGCACGUGCCUGCGAGAAGAUGGAUGGCUUCGGUUACCGUCACCUUAUCCUGCGCGUCGAAUUCGCCAAGCGGGCGACUUAG